GCUUUGAACCAAAAGAAAAUUUUGAAAAAUAAAUAAAGAAAGAAAAUAGAAGAGAUAGACCGGAGGGAGGGAUUUGGUGUCAGAUGGAGGGAGUUAGCUACAGCUACAACUACAGGUUGCGGAGAGAGUAGAGUAGAAUUUAGACGAAGACGAAGAACAACUCCACAGCUAUUACUUCCUCCUACCUCUGCCCUAGCAGUCCCUUCUCUGUUUGCUCGACCAAAACCUACGUUUUUACUUGCCUGACGUUCUUCGAAUUCGAGGUCGAAUCUUGUUUGCAUAAGAUUCGGAGGGUUUUCUUUACGGCCUUGCUUCAGAUGUGCCGGCAGGAGUCGCGGGCUCGUAUGUCGGCGGAAGAGGAAGUUGCUGCGGAAGAGAGCCUUUCCAUUUACUGUAAGCCUGUCGAAUUUUACAACAUUAUUCAACGCCGCGCUAUCAGAAAUCCGUCGUUUCUGCAAAGAUGUUUGAGUUACAAGAUAGAGGCGAAGCACAAAAGGAGAAUACAAAUGACUGUUUCCCUUUCAAGGAUCGAGAAUGCUGUACAUACUCCGGAUUUGUUUCCUAUGUACGUUUUUUUGGCAAGAUUAGUUUCCGACGUUGCAACUGCAGAGAACACAGCCGUAUAUCGAUUCAACCGAGCAUGCAUGUUAACCAGUUCCACUGGGGUUGAGGGGAGAAAUCAAGCUCAAGCAAAUUUUGUACUGCCUGAUAUUCAUAAGCUGGCAGUGGAGGCUAGAUCUGGCUCAGUUUCUAUUUUGCUUGUCAGCUUUGCUGGAGUUCAAAAUUCUUUUGGUGGAAUUAAUCUGUCGAAGGGUCCAAUUAAUGUGGCUUCAUUUCCUUCAAAACUCGGGGGAAACUGCCUUUGGGGAAAGAUACAACUGGAGUCACUUUAUUUCUCAUGGGAGAAUUCUCCAAAUUUUAGUUUGGGGCAGAGGGCUGAAAUGAUUUCAACUAUAGAUAUGAACUCUUGCUUUAUGAAGUUGAGCUCUUCAAAUGAGGAAAAAUGCAUCUCUAUUGAAGUUCCAUAUAAUUCAGAAACCGUGGGUACUUCUCAGCAAGUUCAAGUUACUGUUUCAGCAGAGGAAUUGGGUGCUAAAGAAAAAUCUCCUUACAAUUCUUACAUGUCUAAUGACAUUGCUUCUUCAUCUUUGUCUCAUAUUAUUAGUUCGAUCAGGUUGAGAGCAGGAAAUGUCAUCUUCAACUAUAGAUAUUACAACAAUAAGUUGCAAAGGACAGAAGUAACAGAAGAUUUUUCUUGUCCAUUCUGCUUGGUUAAGUGUGCAAGCUUUAAGGGCCUGAGAUAUCACUUGACCUCAUCACAUGACCUCUUCAAUUUUGAGUUUUGGGUCACUGAAGAGUACCAAGCUGUGAAUGUGUCUGUGAAAAUUGAUAAUGGGCGAUCUGAGAUUGUUGCAGAUGGUGUUGACCCUAAGCUAGAAGUAUUCUCCUACUAUUCAAAGCCGCUUAAACGCAAGAGACCAAAGAACCUAAUUCAAAAUGCAAAGCAUGUGCAUCCAUAUGUCAUAGAGCCGGAUUUGCGUGCAGGAGCCUAUGAACUUCUGGACAAGGCAGACGGAGUUUCAGGUGUCUUACCGCAAGCUGAGCCUCCUUGCACCCAGAUAACCUCUGGAAAUAUUCUUGCACCUCCUGCUAUGUUGCAAUUCGCAAGGACUAGAAAGUUAUCUGUCGAACGGUCGGACCCAAGGAAUUGUGCCCUCUUGCGGAAGCGACAGUUCUUUCACUCUCACAGAGCCCAGCCGAUGUCCAUCGAACAAGUGUUAUCAGAUAGGGACAGUGAGGAUGAAGUUGAUGAUGAUGUUGCAGAUUUAGAAGAUCGAAGGAUGCUUGAUGAUUUUGUUGACGUGACCAAAGAUGAGAAGCAAAUGAUGCAUAUGUGGAAUUCGUUCGUCCGGAAGCAACGGGUACUCGCUGAUGGUCAUAUUCCUUGGGCAUGUGAAGCGUUUUCAAAUUUGUAUGGACCCGACCUGGUCAAAAAUCCAUCUCUGAUAUGGUGUUGGAGAAUAUUUAUGAUCAAACUUUGGAAUCAUGCCCUCCUUGACCCACGUACCAUGAACAACUGUAACGUUAUUCUUGAGAGAUGCCAAAAUCAGGCUUGGGAUCCCAAUCCAAAGACUAGAGGAUAAUUUUUUUUCUCCCAACCUUUUUGGCUGUUCUGGGGUUUGAAUCCUGGCCAAGUACAAAGGUAAAAAGGAAACAGUGGACAUUGCCACUGGAUUGUUCCAAGUGGAACGGAGUAGGCAAUCAUUUGUUUUAGUGAAGAAAACACUAUUAGGCAAUGAAGAAAAAUUCGGAGUUACAGAGUUACUAUUUUACAAGUUUCAGUACUUUUGUAAAACAUAUUCCUUUACUUUGUAAAAUGAGUUUUAUUAAAUACUGAGGUCAAUGGUAUGACUAGAGUUCUACUCAAAUGAAAUUCAUUAAUCUAUCUAUGGCUCUUAUUGAA